AUGCAUCGCUUCACUGCGGAUACUCGCCAAUUUGUAUUGCAAUCGUCAAAUCAAAGGCACCUCUGGCAGUCCCGCACGGAAAACAUCGCUCUCUUUGUCGCCCGCGGAGACAUCUACUUGGCCAUACUCGCCUUGUCAAUCUCUGUCUUCUCAUUGCAUUACUUGUUUCAUCUUGCAUGGCGACGCUGGUCCCAGUCCAAAGCCGAGGAGGAUAGCAAGACCGCGGGUCCCGCUCGCUUUUACACCCCCAUCGCAUAUACCAUCGCACAGAUCGUCUUUGCCGCUGCCUCGUUCGCUGUUAGUAUUGCUACCACUAUCCCGCAAGGUGCGAACUGGAAACGAUCGCUACUCCUGGGUUAUGCCGCCUUGUUGUAUGCGGUGAGAUUUGCCACGAAUAGCUCUGUUCAGAGCCGCAUUUUUCGCCAUGUCAACACCAUCGCCGUGGCGGUCACGCUUCUCACCGCUGCCCAGUCAUUUCUACCCCUGAUCAUCCUCGAUGCGAUUUUCGGACUGGAUCCUCUUGAAUCAGCUUUGUUGGGAUGUUUGUUGGGAACAAUUCUUGUUCCCGUGGUUUCCCCGCGCCCGCAGCGGACUCGGUACAAUGAGAAUGACUGCAAUGAAGAUUUAGCUCCUACCGAAAAGGCGUCCAAGGAGGAAACCUGCUCACUUCUUUCAUACUUCUACACCUAUGAAUGGAUUACAUAUUUAAUUCUUCGUGGCCUGCGACAUGAUCUGACCAUAGCCGAUUUGCCAAUUCUCCCGUCGUACGAUGCCCCGACAAAAUGGCUUGCGGGCAUCCAGAAACAGCGGCGACGCGGUGGCAAGACAUUCGUUACUUUAUGUCGCUUAUUAAACACACAAAUCCAGGCCAUGGUGUUUUGGUCUGCACUUGUAGCAGUUGCCGAGUUCCUGGCCCCAACUGCCUUGAUGAGUCUGCUGGGAUAUCUUCAAGACCCAAUAAAUGCAGUUGUGCAUCCCCUAGUAUGGGUUUCGCUGCUCUUUCUCGGCCCUGCCCUUCGCUCGCUGUGUGUUCAGCGUUACAUAUUCGUUGCCACAAGACUUUUGGUUCGUGUUAACAUGUCCCUCGUACAGGAGAUAUACCAAACCGCCAUCCGCUCGCAUAUCUACGACUCCUCUGUUGCUAACAGGAAGGUGAACCACGCGGGGAGUGCAGUAGACAAGGAGUUGUCCAAAAACAGACAGGCUGAUAUCACGACGUUGAUGUCUUCUGAUGUGCAGGCUAUUUACAACGGGCGUGAGAUUUUCUUCGUCCUGGUAGUUACCCCCUCCACCGUCACAAUCGCUAUUAUAUUCUUGUAUCGAUUGCUUGGUUGGCCAUCCUUGUUUGGCGUAGCAACCUUGUUUCUCCUAUCUCCCUUGCCCACCCUAACAUCACGGCGCGUGUCUCGCGUGCAGAGAACUCUGAUGCGGGCCACCGAUGCCAGAAUAUCCAAGAUUACGGAAUAUCUUGGCUCAAUCCGGACCCUCAAAUACUUUGGCUGGGAGCCUGCGAUGGAAAAGGAAGUCGAUGCGUUACGGCAAGUGGAACAGACUCGUGUAUGGAAGCGCAAUUUUACAGCUGCCUUCAUUUCGCUGGCUGCAGAUCUCUUGCCCAUGAUGAGUCUUCUGGUCUCAUUUUCCGCCGUAGUUCUUCUCACCAGUACCAGGCUAGAUGCACCAAGAGCAUUUACCGCCCUGUCCAUCAUGGAGAUUCUCCGGUCGCAGUGCGUAUGGGUGUCCAAUAUUGUGCGUAAUGCCUCAACUAGUGUCGAGUCUCUUCGCCGGAUUGAUCAAUUUCUUGAAUCGGCUGUUGAGAUCAAACGCCAUCCCCAGGGGCCUCCGGUCUUUGAAAAUGCCACUUUUCGCCGAACGCCCGUGGCAGCAUUCAGGUUGCGCGAUCUUUCUAUUUCAUUCGUAGAGAAUGCACUGAACGUUGUCGCGGGUCCUACCGGUUCGGGAAAGACUUCCCUGCUCUUGUCCUUGAUUGGAGAAACGAUUCUUGAGUCCGGUGCAGCAACUUGCCCACAAGAUGUAGCGUUUGUUCCUCAGACAGCUUGGCUACAGAAUGAUACUGUCCGGCAGAACAUUGUGUUCUACAGUGACUUCGAUCAGGCUCGUUACGAUAGCGUCGUUGCGGCAUGUGGUCUUCUCCAAGAUCUCCAACAACUUCCAGACGGCGAUCUGACCGUUGUUGGUGAACGUGGGACUAGUCUUUCAGGAGGGCAAAAGCAACGAGUGUCACUGGCGAGGGCCAUAUAUUCUCAAGCGUCUACACUGCUUUUAGACGACGUCUUUGCGGCUUUGGACACCCACACUACUGUCUGGGUUUAUGACCAAUGUUUCCGCAAAGGACUCCUUGCGGGAAGGACAGUGAUACUUGUGACGCAUCUGCCAUCGGCUUUGGAAGAUGCCCAAAUGGUAGUGAACAUAGACCAUGGUGCAGUCUCGUCGAUUCAAGUGAGGAAAGACAAGCCCUUAGCUUCCUCGGAUGCGAGUACCAUCUCCACCGAGCCGACUGUAGUAGAGUCAUCGGGUGCGGCAACCCCUCAAGCCAACGGCGAAGUUGACUCGAACAAAGCUUCUAUCGUUGCUGAAAGCCCUGUCGAAAGCGCACCGCGAGAACAGGCAGCAACCUCCUCCCGCCUGGUAGCGGAACAAUCUACAGGGCGAAUCUCACGAAAUACAGCACUCGAAUAUCUGUUCAGCUUUGGUGGCUUGGGUUUCGUCUUCAUUGCUGUGCUUUCUACCUUCACUGUACAAAUUGCUUAUUUUUCGAUCACUUACUGGCUUUCUAUCUGGGCUGAUGCAUACGAUCGCAGCGCUGUAAUCCCUAAUGUGGGCUAUUACCUCCCAAUUUACGCGGGUACGAUUCUCGUAUAUCUAGCCUUACAAUUACUUAACGCUGUUCUGUUUCAAGCAGGAGGCUGGAGAGCUGCCCGAAGAGUGCAUCGACAGCUCCUUCACUCCAUCCUCAGUGCGCCUGUGUCGUGGUUCGAUCAGAAUCCUGUCGGGCGUGCAAUUAACCGAUUCGGAAACGACAUGAGAUCGAUGGAUGCAUCUCUACCUGACUUUCUCAACAAGAUGAUUGAUAGUCUUAUACGAUUUCUUUUCCGAGUCGCAAGUAUCGCUUCCGUCAUGCCAAUAUUCAUUUUGCCAGCUUUUGUGGUUUGUGGCAUUGGAUUUGUCGUCGGUGAACUGUAUACACGGACGCAGAUCCAAGUUAAACGACUUUCCUCGAUUAACGCGUCGCCGGUUUUCAUCCAUUUUAUCGAUUCUAUAGCGGGCCUCAGCGUUAUUCGUGCUCGCAACGGCAUGGACGAUAAGUUUCUUUCAUUGCUAUCGGAGAAGGUUGGAGUCCAUGCACGAACACUGGAAGCGCAAUUUAAUUCGAAUCGUUGGGUUUCUGUACGCUUAGAUCUCUGCGCCGCAGUAGUCACUGCAACCGUCGGCUUUCUCGCAUACAAAACUGGAGGGGAUCCUGGUUUGGUUGGAUUCUCAUUAUCCCAUGCAGUGGGCCUUGGACAGACUAUACUGUUAUUAGUCCGGAGUAUGAACGACUUGGAGGUAGAGCUCAUCGCCUUCCAACGGGUGAAAGAAUACGCAGAGAUUGAACCGGAAGAAAAAGACUAUCCCCUGCAGGCGAACUCACGAGUUACCUCUAAUCUGCCGCGACGCCAAUUACCACCGGCCCACUGGCCGGCUGCAGGCCAAGUUGAAUUUCGCAAUGUCACAGCGAAAUACCACAAUGGCCCCAACAUCCUUCAAAACAUAGACUUCAUUGCUAGACCGGGAGAGCGUGUUGGCAUUGUAGGCCGUACAGGAAGUGGUAAAAGCACGCUGGGACUCACAUUGCUCCGAUUUACGGAACUCGUCUCAGGAACCAUCACGAUUGACGGCGUCGACAUCAGCACAAUCCCAGUCAACCGCCUGCGUACCAGCAUUUCCUUGAUUCCGCAAGAUCCGGUUCUAUUCUCGGGCGACGUGCAAUCGAAUCUUGACCCGUUUGGCGAGCUCGGCGAGACAGAGCUGCAAUCUGCACUGUCAGCCUGCUGUACAUCCAUCGAGGUAGCCACCACCGCCACCACUACGGCAAGCGCAGGCCAGGAUGAAGAAACCGGAAGCAGAAACAGAACUCUAUCCGAGAACCUGAAACUAGAUACCCCUGUUGCUGCGAACGGCGAAAACUUCAGUCAGGGCCAGCGGCAGGUUCUGGGAUUAGCCCGAGCGGUCAGUCGCCGGGCGAAAGUGGUGCUGCUGGAUGAAGCCACGGCCUCAGUUGACAAGGAGACGGAUGAGCAUAUUCAGCGGCUCAUUCGUUCCGAGUUCCCAGAGUCGACCAUUAUUGCAAUUGCGCAUCGCCUAAGAACAAUUGUGGAUUAUGACAGAGUGAUUGUCAUGGGCGGUGGGGAGAUUCUCGAAAUGGGUUCACCAUUGGAACUGAUUAAUCGCGAAGGUGUAUUUUGUGAUAUGUUGCACAAGACAGGGGAGUAUGACGAAUUGGUCGAGUUAGUUAAAAACAAGUGUACACACGGUAUCCUGUUUGCAGCCAGCCCUGUCCGUAUUGAUCCAAUCGCCAUGCAAAUAGAUAAGCAACUCGAGUAA